AUGAAUAUUGAAUCAUUAUCAUCAUCAUCACCUUCAACUAAUCCUAAUCGUGAACGUUUACACGUUCCUCGAAUACGUUCACACAGUCUAGCACCAAAACAUUCAAAGUAUGAUUACAAUCGUCGACGCUCAGAAUUGGAACAAUCAUCCGCAUCAAUUAAUCAGCAAAAAUCAUUGGACGAUGAUAAACAACAGCCACAACGAACAAAUGUACCAGCAUGGUUUCGUCGCCGUUUUACAUUAUUUUCAAUUGAAGCAAAUCGUCGUCCAAGUAAUAGUAGUAUAUCGAAUUAUAGUAAACAAAAUAGUUUUUCAUUUGAUAAUGAUCAAAUAUUAGAAAAUUAUAAUCAACAACGACGACCAAGUAAAAUAAUGAGUCUCGUAGAGUCAUUUGCUCGAAAAUUUUCAUUAAGAAAGAAGAAGUCAGACCAAGAUGAUCUAGGUAAUCUAUUACUUCUUUCGAUUAACUGUACUUACAAAGUAUUUUCAGGUGCAGAUUAUGUCGAUCCGGUUUAUGAGACUUUAAAAUUGGCUGCUGAAACACGAAAAAUGACAUUAUCAAAUUAUUUACAACAACGACAACAGACAUUAAAUAAACAAACAUCGUUAAAUUCGCAAGGUUCAUCUGAACAUGCUUCACCAAAAAAUUCAAGAAACUCUAGUCGAACAGAAAUGGAUAUUGUAUCUACCACAACAAAAAAUGUCACAGCAUCAUCUUCAGGUAUGAGUGACAAUAUUGUACCAACAUCAUUAUCACCUCCCCAUGUUCAUAAAUAUACAAAAAGUAAUAGAAGUUUACGUCAAACAGAUAAUAUUGCCAUAAGACAUCAUUUGCAAAGACAAUUAUCAUUACGAUCACCUCAUGAUAAUAGAGGAGGAACGGAGAUGCCUAAAACAAGACGACGUGUCAAAUUUGAUCUUCGUAUAAAAAGUAUUUCUGUCGAUAAUCCCGAAUACAAUCCCAAGAAAGAAUAUGAAGAGCAAACACCUGUCUUAAGUCAUUCAUUCGAUGAUAUGACCCUAGCUAACGAAACAAAACGAGAAAUAAUAGACGAUGAGGUGUAUGUUGUCUUGUACGGUUAUAUUGCUGCAAGUCCAGAUGAUAUCGAUUUACGGUUAGGUACAUCAGUCAAGGUUAUUGAUUCAUCAGAUCCUGACUGGUGGAGGGGCACUGCCAAUGAUGGACAAAAGACCGGUUAUUUUCCUUCAAGCUGUGUCUCAAAGAUUAUGCCAGGAUAUAAAAUUGUUCGAGUUCGUCAAAGUAUUCAUACUUAUCUACACAAAGAUUCAUCUGUACGACUGAGCAAAGGACAGAUAGUUAUUAAAACUGGCGAGGAAUAUCCAGAUAUGGCUAUUAUCAGUACGGGAAAGCAAAUAACAAGAGUGAUAAUAUGCAAUUUCAUUUAUAGUGUGCCAACCAAAUAUUUGGAACCAUAUUCCGACGGAUUUUAG